AUGGUAGCGGAACCUGAACAAGUCAUGAAGUUCGAGAUUCUUCGAACAACCGGCAGAGCACGUCAUGGUCUGUUAUCACUGCCCCAUAGUGAAGUCAAAACACCUGUAUUUAUGCCGGUGGGAACUCAAGGGACAAUGAAGGGUGUUUUACCUGAGCAGCUGAUUGCAAUGGACUGUCGGAUUCUACUGUGUAAUACAUACCAUCUUGGACACAGACCUGGCCAUGAGCGUGUUCAAAAAGCUGGGGGUUUGCAUAAAAUGAUCAAUUGGCCGCGAUCGAUUCUGACAGACUCUGGUGGAUUUCAG